UUAAACACGGGCAAAGGAGAUCCUAAGAAGCCGAGAGGCAAAAUGUCAUCAUAUGCAUUCUUUGUGCAAACUUGCCAGGAGGAGCACAAGAAGAAGCACCCAGAUGCUUCAGUCAACUUCUCAGAGUUUUCUAAGAAGUGCUUAGAGAGGUGGAAGACCAUGUCUGCUAAAGAGAAAGGAAAAUUUGAAGACAUGGCAAAGGCGGACAAGGCCCGUUAUGAAAGAGAAAUGAAAACUUAUAUCCCUCCUAAAGGGGAAACAAAAAAGAAGUUCAAGGAUCCCAGUGCACCCAAGAGGCCUCCUUCGGCCUUUUUCUUGUUUUGUUCUGAGUAUCGUCCAAAAAUCAAAGGCGAACAUCCUGGCCUGUCCAUUGGUGAUGUUGCAAAGAAACUGGGAGAGAUGUGGAAUAACACUGCUGCGGAUGACAAGCAGCCUUAUGAGAAGAAGGCUGCUAAGCUGAAGGAAAAGUAUGAAAAGGAUAUUGCUGCAUACCGAGCUAAAGGGAAGCCUGAUGCAGCAAAAAAGGGAGUUGUUAAGGCCGAAAAAAGCAAGAAAAAGAAGGAAGAGGAGGAAGAUGAGGAAGAUGAAGAGGAUGAGGAGGAGGAAGAAGAUGAAGAGGAUGAGGAGGAGGAAGAAGAUGAUGAUGAUGAAUAAGUUGGUUCUAGCGCAGUUUUUUUUUUUUUUUCUUGUCUAUAAAGUAUUUAACCCCCCUGUACACAACUCACUCCUUUUAAAGAAAAAAAAUUGAAAUGUAA